AGUGAUUGUUUAGCGAGAAGAAUUGACAUUUUUUUUUUUUAGAAAAUAAGCCUUCAUACUGAGUCGCUGAAGAUAUACCGGAGUGCGGCGACAGAGGAAAGCACGCGUAACUCGGAAAAAUCCAGUGAAAGAAGGCAUGAAGACAUCAUCCUAGUCGUCAGUCAUGGCCGAUAAAAGGAAACUUCAAGGUGAAAUAGAUCGAUGUCUGAAAAAAGUAGCGGAGGGAGUGGAACAAUUUGAAGACAUUUGGCAAAAGCUUCACAAUGCAGCCAACGCAAACCAGAAGGAGAAAUAUGAAGCAGACCUCAAGAAAGAGAUUAAAAAGCUACAGCGUCUUCGAGACCAGAUCAAGACGUGGGUGGCAUCCAACGAGAUCAAAGACAAAAGGCAGCUAGUAGAGAACCGCAAACUCAUAGAAACGCAAAUGGAGCGGUUCAAGAUAGUAGAAAGAGAAACCAAGACGAAAGCGUACUCGAAAGAAGGGCUAGGGCUCGCCCAGAAGGUGGACCCGGCACAGAGGGAGAAGGAGGAGGUCGGCACGUGGCUAACUAAUACGAUAGACACAUUGAACAUGCAGGUGGACCAGUUUGAGAGCGAAGUGGAGUCUCUGUCAGUCCAGACGAGAAAAAAGAAAGGAGACAAGGAGAAGCAGGACCGUAUCGAAGAGCUCAAGAAGUUCAUUGAGAAGCAUCGGUACCACAUCCGGAUGCUGGAGACGAUACUGAGGAUGCUGGACAACGACUCGGUGCAGGUGGAAGCCAUCAGGAAAAUCAAGGAUGACGUGGAGUACUAUCUAGACUCGUCGCAGGAUCCAGACUUUGAGGAGAAUGAGUUCCUGUACGACGACCUGGAUCUGGAGGACAUUCCUCAUCUCGCCACCUCCCCGCCGGGUCACUCGCACUUGGAGGACGAGAUCUUCCAGCACUCCAGCAGCACACCCACCUCCACCACCUCAUCCUCGCCCAUCCCCCCGUCGCCUGCAACUUGCACUACAGAGAACUCAGAAGAUGACAAGAAGAGGGGACGUUCAACAGACAGUGAAGUUAGUCAGUCGCCUGUGAAGAAUGGAAACCCCUCGUCCUCGUUAUCCUCUUCUUCCUCCUCCUCCUCCUCCUCCUCCUCCUCCUCCUCUUCUUCCUCUGUCUCGGGACUAACCUCAUCCUCACUGGUCUCUAUGGCGACCAUCGCUGGGGGAGGAAGCAGCGGCUCUGGGGGCAACAGUCAUCACGGCAACUUGGGGGGUCUCCACUCCAACACUUCCGCUGGCAGCUACAGCAACGCCACCCAGCAGCAGCCACAUCUGUCAGCACAGCAACAGCAGGCCAAAAACUCAGUGAGCUCCUCCUCCUCGGCGCCGAUCUCCAACCCCAGCACCUCCACCAACAGCCACCCCACCUCCUCGGCCUCCUCUCCACCCAACGCCAGCACACAGGGGCUCUUCACUUCAAACUCCCAGCCCCAGGGUCUCCCGGGGCCCACGUCGACCUCCAACAGCCUUGGCCUCAGCCUGGGCCUCUCUCUGGGGAAAAGCGGCAUGUCCGGCUCCAUCACCACCAGCCCGAUGUCCGCUGGCCUUGGCCUGUCAGGGAUGCCGGCAUCCCUGAGCACCAUGGCGGGCCUUUUGUCCAGCUCCACCCCGGCACCCUACGCUCAGGCGGCAGCCUCAGGCGCGGUCGGCUCCGGCCUACCGGUCUCUCUCGGAGGCGUCAGCACCACCACGACCAACAGCACGUUGGGCUCCAUCGGCAGUGGCAGCAUCACAGUCGGCGGGCCGACGUCCUCAACAGGAGGCCUGCUUGGCUCGGCGCCAGGGAUGGGCAGCGUCGGGUCUGGGAUUCUGGGUUUGGGCUCUGGUCAGUCAGGGCUGCAGGGGUCUUCCCUGGUGUCACAGAGCCCAGUAGGAAGUUUAGCUCCGGGUAGCGGAGUAGGAGUUAUCGGGAGCAACAGCGGCAGCACGGGAUCAGCAGGGAGCGGAGUCGUGGGAGGAACCUCAUCGCUCUCUGUCCGACCGCCGAGCCGACAGAAGCAGAAUGGUAGCACUAGUUACAGUGCUGUAGUAGCAGACAGCACAACAGACUCCGCCCUCAACAGUGCCAGCCAAUCACAAAGCAGCCAACCCUCAUCUUUGACCUCCACAGCCAAUCAGCCUAAGGACACUGGUCCCAGUUUACUGAGCUCUAUGAGUUUGUCGUCCAGCUCCCCGUCGCCGGCUUCAUACAGCGAGGCCAAACCGGUGAGCGGCGGCAGCCUGCUGAACGGGCCGCUGUCAUACUCGCAAUCCUCCGACAGCAUAAAGCCCCAGGAGCCUCUGAGCAGCCUCAAGUCCAUGGCCGAGCGAGCAGCACUCAGCUCAGGGAUUGAGGGAGACGUACCCUCCCUGCACCUCACCCCAGACAUCUUCCCCAGCAGCACUACGGCCCCCUCGGGUCCCCCCUCAGCACCUCAGCCCUCGCUGUCGGAGGUCAGCAUCCCCCCUUCGUUGGGGGUCUGUCCGCUGGGGCCGGUUCCCCUGUCCAAAGACCAGCUCUACCAACAGGCCAUGGAGGAGGCGGCGUGGACGCACAUGCCUCACCCGUCCGACUCCGAGAGGAUCAGGCAGUACCUGAUGAGGAACCCCUGCCCCACCCUGCCUUUCCACCACCAGGUGCCACCGCCCCACUCCGACACUGUAGAGUUUUACCAGAGGCUUUCUACAGAAACCCUCUUCUUCAUCUUUUACUACCUGGAGGGCACUAAGGCCCAGUAUCUGGCAGCCAAAGCCCUGAAGAAGCAGUCAUGGAGGUUCCACACGAAGUACAUGAUGUGGUUUCAGAGGCACGAAGAGCCCAAGACCAUCACUGAUGAGUUUGAGCAGGGAACAUACAUUUACUUUGACUAUGAGAAAUGGGGCCAGCGGAAGAAGGAGGGGUUCACGUUUGAGUACCGGUACCUAGAAGACCGAGACCUCCAGUGACCUGCAGAGAGACGAACGGACGGCUGAGAAAGUGAGAGAGGGAUGGACUGACGGACGGAGAACAAGCCAACGAGUGAAGAACGGGUGAUCCGCCUGCUGACAUUCCUGGAUUUGACCUCAGCUCGCUGGGGGAAAGAGACGUGCGGGCUGGAGGGGGGGGGGGGGUUAGCUAAGACACAUUUGAAACCCUUCUCUCCUUCUGACCCUCCAACCCCGCCUUACCAUCCUCCCCUCCGGCAGUGAUAACUCCUCCCACCCUGUCAUCUCCCUCCUCCUCUUCCGCCUCAUCUAUCCCUCCAUCAUCCAGCCUUUUAUUUCCAUCUUUUCCCGACCUUGACAACCAGACACGAGAAAAAUCACACAUAUAAUAAUGAGACUAUCAUGUGCUUUCCGCCCUUUGGUGUUAUCCUGUUUUGUUGGCUUUAAAAACUGUUGCUUACAUUAGCCCCUUGAGGACCAAAGAUAACUGGUUAAUCACACAGUAGAGGCUCUGUCCUCACUCUAAACAGACUCAUGAAAACCUGAAGAGUUCAACCUAAAUCUGUGCUGUAGCAUCUCCCAGACUUGUGGCAUGCAGCGGUGCAGCAGAGCAGGAAUCAGCUGAAAAAUGUCAAUUUUGCCUUUUAAGCCUCUGAACUUCAAGCAAUCUCUGUGGUUUUUUUGUUCCUGCCACACUUUCACUCACUAGUAGCUAAUUUUCACUGCAGUAUAAAGUCCUGCACCUCUAUUAAAACAGCACAACCAUGACUAGAAGAACUCGGAAACGUAUU